AUGGUGAGUUUUGAUGUGCAGUCUCUGUUCACAUGCCUACCUGUUGAAGACUGCAUCUCGAUUGUUACUAGAAGGCUAGAGGAAAAUAACAUGCCCGUAGAAUAUGCAGUAUUACUCAGACACUGCCUUACAUCUGGCUACCUAUUGUGGAAGGAGGAGUUCUACAAGCAAGUAGAUGGUGUGGCGAUGGGCUCACCUGUAUCUCCCAUUGUUGCCGAUAUAUUCAUGGAGGACUUUGAGGAGAAAGCCCUGCAUACUUCUCCCAUAAAGCCAAGAUUCUACAAGCGGUACGUAGACGACACUUUCACAAUUCUACCUUUAGAUAAAGUAACUGCAUUUUUAGACCAUCUUAACUCCUUAAAUUCUAAAAUUCAGUUCACAAUGGAGUUAGAGGCAAACAAUUCUUUAGCUUUUCUAGAUGUGUUAGUAAUUCGGAAUCCUGAUAACACCUUGAGCCACACUGUGUAUAGAAAAAAGACCCAUACAGAUAGAUAUUUAAACGGUGAUUCUCACCACCAUCCUUCACAGUUAGCUACCGUGGGUAAAUCUUUGUUUCAGAGAGCACAAGGGAUCUGUGACAGUAAACACCUGGCCGCCGAGCUCCAACACGUCAAGCAAGUUUUGCACGACAAUAAGCUUCGGGUCCCGCGCCUACGUCACAGUGAACGAGUGAAGCCGGCCACAGUCGAGCGAGUGCCUGCUGUACUGCCAUAUGUCAGAGGUGUCACUGACAAGAUUGGCUACAUCUUGAAGCGUGCUUCCAUUAAAACAUAUUUCAAGCCGCCGAAGAAGAUUAGUCAGUUUUUACCAUCAGUCAAGUGUAAUAUUCCUCUGCAAGAUGCAGGAGUGUACAAGCUGGAUUGUGAAUGUGGUCUCUCUUAUAUAGGACAAACUAAAAGAUCCAUAAAAACCCGCGUUAAAGAACACAUAGCUGAUGUGAAGAAUAGACGCUCCGGGAAGUCUGCAGUCUGUGAACACGUACAGGAUCGCCCCCGUCACUACAUUAGAUUUGAUAGACCACAAAUCCUCGCUAAAGAACACCGAUUCCUUCCAAGGAUGAUUCGCGAGGCUAUUGAAAUCAAAAAACAUCCUAAUUUCAAUAGAGAAGAUGGCUGGGUGCUACCAUCUGCUUGGGAUCCCAUAAUUAAUAAAAUUAAAUCCCAACCCAAGCAUACAACUGCAAGACUUCAUGAUACUGUAAGUUCAUACUGCGUAGAUCGGAACAAAAAUUAA